UAAACUGAGCCCACUAUUUGACAAGGGUAAAAUAGAGAAUUUCCAAAUAAUGUUGUAGAAGAUUAUAGGUCGUUGAAGCUCCCAAUCCUCUUCAAUUUUGAAUCCCCAUCCAAUUGGAUUCUUUAGUCUUCAUCGCAGCCUCGUUCAGAGAAGUGAAAUGGCCGGAUCUAGGAUUGCUCAUGCCACCUUGAAAGGACCGAGUGUCGUUAAGGAGAUAGUUAUUGGGAUAACACUCGGUCUUUGCGCUGGUGGGCUUUGGAAGAUGCAUCACUGGAAUGAGCAGAGGAAAGUGAGAGCAUUCUAUGACAUGCUUGAGAAAGGUGAAAUCAGUGUUGUGGCAGAAGAAUAAAUGUUUUUAUGUUUUGUGAAUUUGUGGGCAGCUCUGGCUGUAUUUUGAUCUUUGCGAUCCCUGCAUUUGGCUCUUGUAUGCAAGAUGAGCAAACUCGGUUUUGGUUUUUUUUCUUUCUUUUUUUUUUUCCUUUAGGAAUAAAAUUGUUGUAUUGAGUUCUUGAUGAUCACAUAUUUGCUUAACAAAUCCAAUCAGUUUCUUGAUAUUGUGCCCCCUGGGCCGCCAUGUUUUUGGCUUCUGUUUAUGUAUUUCUUUUAAUAAUAAUAUAAAAUGUAAUUAAAGUCUAAUUUAGGGAUAAA